AUGCCUUUGCCGCUGCCCAGAUCCAUGGUCCUCUCCCCUAUCUCCUUCCAUCUCCCCGCCCCUAUGGAUCCAUACGUCGCCGGCGGCACCACCCGACACUCCGGCCGUCCCGAUUGGGUCUUACUCCACAAUUCGGCUCGUAUCUCGGGACACCGGAACUCGACCACCGCCGGCUGUCACACGAUGGAGGGCCGCCCCAUCGAGGUGUCCUUCUGGCUCGUUGACCCACCGGGAGUCUCCUACUUCUCCGUCCACUGCCCUGGCCUCAGUAAGGACUUCCAGGGCGAGCCCUACGUUCACUGCGCGGAGGCCGCUCUCGUCCUCUUCAGCGUGACCUUUCUCCCCGUCCCUGGCCGGAGAUCCAUCCAGCACUUCGUCUACAGAGCCGGCCCGGGGGCGCCCUCGCUGGACCUGAUUCCCGACCCGGACAAGAUCAGAAGAGGCGAUCGAUAUGGCCUCUUGCCCUGUGGCGAUGACACCGACCACUACGCCGUGGUCUUCCUCGACAGGAAUUUUAUUGCCUAUGACAAGCCCUGGCGUUUCAAUGCUCACGUCUUCUUGUCGGCAACAAGGUCGUGGAGCAGCAAGGUGCCCUUGUCUUGCCUAUCUGAAGAUGAUCAGGCAUUGCUGCUUAAGCAUGGCACCUGCAAGCCGCCGAUCAUGGUAGGAGCAACCUCGCUGGGCUGGGUCGAUCUCUUCAGAGGCAUCCUCCUUCUCUCCGACGUGCUCGGGGACUGUCCUGUGGUCAAGUACAUCCAGUUGCCCGCGUCAAGGGUUUGCCACAUGAACAAGCGUGGCUUCCCUUACACUGCCAAGCAAUACUGUUGUGAUGUCUCCUCCUGCCGCGACAACAGUCUGAUCAAGUUUGUCGAGAUGGAGUUCAAUGAGCCGGACCGCAGGAACAGAGGCGGCCAAGGCUGGAGAGCCAUCAUGUGGGAUACGACGGUGAUUUCAGAUGGUUGGAGCCAGCGCUUCAGAGUUGAUGUUGAUAACAUUUCGGUGGACAGAAGUUAUUCUGGUCUACUGCCUCAGCUGUGGAAUGGCGAGACCAGAGAACUAGAACUGAAGAGACUGAUUUUGUAUACCCCCACGCUGAGCGUGCACGACGACAAUCUUCUUUACGUGAUGGCUAAGAUGAACAGUGAAGACGAUAAGGCCUGGGUCAUCACCGUCGACAUGAAACGCGAGGCCGUGGAAGCAAUCGCCCCGUAUUCUACCAGAGGGCGCAAACUCACUUCAUGGCAUAGUCCAUGCACCUUUCCAGAGUACCUCGACCCGGCGACCCCAGGGGAUCAUGUGGCCAUGCACUCUAGGAGGAUUUGUGCGGCGGACUGUGUUCUGCAAAUGCUGUUGACUCGAGACUGGUUCAGGGAAAUUGGUGAACGCUUUGAAUUUGAGAGGCCAACCCACGUUGAGUGCCUGUCACUAAUUCAGUGUUGCCCAGUAUCAUCUGUUCUUUCAGAUAUCCAAGAAGUGGUAAAAUAUGCUUUCUCUACUGGUGAAGGCGAAGCUGCUCCCAAAGCUGUGGAUUUAUGCUCACGAGCUUUUGAAGACUUCGAUGUGCUGCUACGCGAGUUAUUGCAUGAUCCAGCGUCAUCUACCGAAGGCAUGAGUUGCAAAAUCAGUGUUGCCCUUCGAGCUUUAGACAGUCAGUAUCUUGGACAUUGUGCCACCAACCUUGAGGGCGCUUGCGGAUGCCUGUCAUCAAAAAGGAGGGAAAACAAUAUUUGA